UCUUUUCUCGUCGUGCUUUGAUCUUUCUUCUGAUAUUUUAAGAACAUGAACAUAUUGCUGAGAAGCAAGGACCCAGGGGCCUGAGCCCGUGGCGUCAUCAAAAAAUGCUUUUUGAUAUCGGAACAGUUUUCUAUUUGUGCGACGAUGAAUUUGAAUGCAAAAAUGCGAUAGAUUGAAAUUUGGCUUCUUACAAAUCUACACUCUUCUUGGUGAAAUGAAUUUACUAAAAAAAUUUGAAGACUUCAAUCACUUUUAUGAAGAAAGUCGAUAAUUGUAGCAAAGUAUCGGUAGUAGAGGCAGUCCAGUUCAUCGCAAACGCGCAGCGAGCGGUCGAAGAUGGAGCAGCGCUCUGGUUCAUAAGAUGCAAUGCUAUGGAUGUCUUCAUGACGACCGCUUAUUUUGCUUCUUCACUAUUUUCGUUUCACUUCAUGAUCCCACGCGUCGAGGAACGGAAAGAACCUGCUCACUCGUGCCAAGUAUUUUCAUUGUCUGCUUGAUGAAUCUUUACUUUGCAAAUUGAUCCUUGUACCAAACAUUAGAAUCACUAAAGCAGG